AUGCGCCGCCUCGCAUCGACCCCCCACCUCCACCUCCUCCUCCAUGUCCUCCUCCUCGUCAGCGGGGCCGCCGCCGGCGUCCUCCGCGCCGCCAUCACCCUAAGUCUCCCGACCGCGACGGCCACCACAACGCCGCCCCCGAAGACAACGCUAGCCCCGCACCUUCAGCUGGCCGUUUUUGCCGCCGCCGCCGCCGCCACCACCCCGACGCCCCAGGUCCAGUUCACGACCAACAGCCGCAUCCUCGCCUGCUGGGCCACCAUGGAGCAGCUCGGCGGCUCGGCCGGCGGCCUCAUGCACGCCACGCCCACGGCUCCCGCCGCCCUGGCGCUGCACCUGGCCACGCAGCCGGCCGGGUCGUCGCACUGCACGACACGGCUGCCGCAGUCGGUCAUGUCCGAGUACGCCGACUUCACAGAGUCCUGCUGGCGCUGGAUGUCCACCAUCUCGACCAGCUGGGCCCGCUUCGCGACGCAGUGCCCCGAGUUCGUCGGCACCCGGCCCUUCAUCCGCGGCGACUGGGACGUCACCGUCCGGGGCUUCUGCCCCACCACCGCCACCGUCUUCUGGACCGCCGCCGCCGCCCCGACCAUCCUCGAGGCCGUCGCCACCCCGACGGGGCUCGGCCACCUCAUCGGCGCCCGCGCCCCCGCGCCGACGCCGGUGCGCGCCAUGGUCAACUCCACGACUGUUCACACGGCGGGCGCGGCGCGUGCCGGCAGCAGUAGGGGACUGGGGCUUUUGGUGGCUGGUGUGGCUGGACAUUCAGCCCCCAUUGCUAGCUACCUGUGGCUGUGGUUGAUGGGCGCGGCGGCGCCGCCUUUUUAG